AGCGUGCUGAAGAGGCAAGGCUACGGUGAGGGCUUCCGCUGGCUGUCGCAGUACAUUGACUGAUGCGGAGCGCGAUCCCGGACUGAUCCUGCUCGCAGCUCCCUAUGGACUGUCCUGUCGGGACACAGAAGGCUUCCCAACCCCAGAGCGGCGCGACCGUGGGACCUGGUCAGCGCCCGUCCUUGCACAGUGGUGACACAACUCCUUUCUAUGCCAUGGGGAUGCGGCGCGGCUCCAUCCCUCCGGUGCCGCGGUUCCAGCAGCGACGGCCGGCGGGAUCAGGACGUGGCACCGCUCCGUGCCGCUGGAAGGAGCGUGUCUCACCACUGUGGCCAGCUGACUUCAAGAACAACGAGAAAGCAAUUCUAUUUUUUAAAGAAAGUGUUAAUGUAAACGGUGUCCCUCCUAACUUUUUAGUUUUAACGUUCAUCUUGUUUAGUCCAGAGUCUCUUUAGGGUUUUUUAAAAACAUAUUUAGACUUUUUUGCAAAAUUACCAAACAAAGCAUCACGAUAUGGAAGUCCUCGAUGAGCAGCAGCCAGCUCCAGCGCUCCGUGGGCUGCCCGCCCUGCACCACGCCGACACACAGCGGGGGGCUGGGACAGCACGUGGGGCACAGGGCUGCAGCACUGCCCGCCCUCGGAGCGCCGCUGUGGGAGCGCGGGGCAGCUGGCAGCGGCUGCAGCAUGGAAGCGUUGGACGUUGGCAUAUCAUAAGGCUGUUAGUGUUGGCCGCAGCGGUUUCUUUUCUACUCGGUGGGUUUUUUGUCAAAGUUUCCUUGCUGUCUAGCUCACGUUGCGUUCAAUAAAGACAUGUCUUUCUGCUCUGAGGGUGGCGGUGCCCAGCAGGUGCUUCACCCACUGUCUGCGUGGGGGUGCACGAGUGCUGCUGGCUGCGGGCACCUCCUGCCCAUGCUGCUUGUCAGCAGUCCCACUUCCUGCGCUUCCAGGAGUUGAAGAUUGUACGAGGGGGGGAGAUUUUAACUUUGCGUUCGAUCCCGCAGGUGGAGGCGCUGAUUUUCCAGCAGAAAAGGCGGCGUGGGCGCUCCCUGCUGCUCUGCGUGGCGCAACCCCGUGCGGCGCCCACCUACCGUUGUGCAGCGCCCCGCCCGCGCCCGGCCUCUCGCCACGUCGGCACGCUCAGCUCCGCCCUCACCAAUGGGGCCGGGCCGCGGGGCUACGGGUGGCCAAUGUGCGAGUAAGGCGGUGCGGGGCUGUGCGGCCAUGGCGGCGGCGGGGCAGCGCGUCCCCGCGCUUUGCUUUGCCUCCGGUUGCUCUGCGUUGCGUUGAGUUGCAGCGCGUUGUGUCGCUGUGCAUCGCGUCGCUCUGCAUCGAGUUGCUCCGUGCUGCGUUGCUGUGCGUUGCGUCGUGCCGCUGCCCCGCAGAUGCCUGAGGACGGCACCGCUGUGCCAUGGGAGCUGCCCGGCUGCGUGGUCAGCGUGUCGGACCCCUCGGAGCCGGACGUGGAGCCAAGCAGCUGCAGCGGGGCCAUCCUGUGCCGCAGCCCGGGCCUGGUGCUGUGCCCCGCUGCCGUCUUGGUGCCCUUCCUGCAGCCCGACGUCACCGCCUGGCCCCAUGGCGAUGCCCUGCCGCCCUCGGCGUUGCGGCCCGGCCUGCACAUCUCGGUGCUGCUGGCUGCCCCGCCACCUGACGCCGUGCAGCAGCACGUCGCGUGCCCGCUGGCCCUGCUGCGCUGCGAUGCCUUCGCCCGCGCGCUGCCCGGCACACUCAGCACGGCCGAGGAGAGCACCGAGGCCUUGCCCUGGUUCUGCUGGCUGCGGGUGCCCGGCCUGGACACACCUGGCGGUACCUGGACGCCCUGGGCCCCGGCAGCCACGCUGCGCAAGGGUGCGGCGCUGCUGGCCUGCGGGACGCCCUUCGGUGCGCUCUGCCCUGAGCUCUUCCUCAACGCGCUGAGCACUGGCGUGCUGAGCAAUGCCACCGGGCCGCAGCGGGCCCUGCUGCUCACCGAUGCGCGCUGCCUGCCCGGCACCCAGGGUGGGCCCGUCCUCGCCCUCGCGCCCACGUCCUCCCCACCGCGCCUCGUGGCCGUCGUUGCUGCCACUGCCGGCUGCCAGGGUGGCCAGGGGCUGGGGCUGGCACUGCUCUGCUCCCUGCACGCCCUCCUGCAGAGUGCCCGCGGCGUGCUGCCCGAGCUCAGCAGCCUGCCUCCGCCGCUGCCGCUGCCUGAGGCCCACGGCAGCCCAACGCUACGCUGCGCCGCGCUGGUGGAGAGUGGGAGCAGCUGGGGGUCGGGCACGCUGGUGGCACCGCGGCUGCUGCUCACCUGCCGGCACGUGCUGCAACUGGGCGCCCCGCUGCGCGUCACGCUGCGGCACAGCACCACGCGUGACACCAUCCUGCAGGCCCGCCUGGUGUUCGCCACAGCUGAGACAUCCCCCUUCGAUGUGGCAGUGCUGGAGCUGCAGGACAGCGUGCCCAGCUUCCAGCCCCCUGACCUUGCCACCACUUUCCAACCCGGGGAGGCGGUGCUGGCGCUGGGCUUCGGGGCACUGGGCCGUGCAUGUGGCCCCUCAGUGACAGGGGGAGUGCUGUCGGCCGUGGUGGGAACCCCCCCGGUGAUGCUGCAGAGCACCUGCGCCGUUCACGCCGGCUCCAGUGGCGGCCCCCUGCUCUCUGCCCAUGAUGGAUGCCUGCUAGGCAUCGUGGCCAGCAACGCGCGGGACAACACGGCGGGGACCACCUACCCACACCUCAACUUCUGCAUCCCCAUCUCCCUGCUGCGCACACCCCUCGCCCGCUAUCGCUGCAGUGGGAACCCUGCCGCCUUCGCCCCGCUCAACGCCGCCAGCGAGGGAGCACAGGCGGCGUGGCGGCUGCAGCAGCGGCCCCCCAGCAAGCUGUGACCCCCUCCCAAAAUUGGAGUGCUUCCAUAAAGGCCCUCACCCGA